GCCCUCGCGCUGCUUUCGCGCCAAUUUCCGUCGCACAGUCGGCCUUUGCGUUGCGUCAGCCUGGCAACGCAAGCUUUUCGCUCACUAAACGUUUGACUCUUCGUUGUCAACAGUGGUCGGUUCGGCGUCUCGUCUCAACCAUGACGGACGGAUGGAAGUACACGCUGACCGGGUUCGGCGAGUUCUUCGAGAUGCGUCGAGUCGCGUUCGCCGAGCCGAUGCCGGCCACUCUACUCUGCGGCGUCUGCGGCGUUCUGUCUUCCCGAACAUCGCAGCUACCGUGCGGCCACGUUUUAUGCGAGAGUUGUGAGGCUCAGCUACCGAGCGAAAAGGACCGCUGCUGCCCGUUCGACGGGAAGAAGUUUGCCGCCUACGACGUUCGCCGGUUGAGCAUCAAGCGGCGCGAGCUCGAACAACGCCGCAUCGUGUGCGUGGCCGGCUCCGAAGUGUGCGGCUUCUCCGGCAAACUGUCCGAGCUCGCAGGUCACUUGACUCAGUGUGGUGGCGGCGAGGUAAAAUGCUGCAAGUGCCAGCGACCCGUCUCUCGCAACCUGGCGUUGGAUCACUAUCGGAGCUGUGCCCGCGGCACGCUGUGUGCGUCGAUUGACGAAGCUGACGAAGCUGCCUCCAAGGAAGGCGUUCCCAAGAUGGCGGACGUAGAGACAAGCAAGCGGAAGCUGGUACCCAGCAAGGGCGUUGACUUGGAAGCCGUGGUGACAGGCUGCUGCAGCAACGCCUUGGUAGGCAGGGUGGCCAGACUCGAACGUCAGUUGCUCGAAGUGAAGAAAAAUUCGAGAAGCAGGAAGCAGCCUUCGGUCGCUGCUGCGAAAAAGGAGACCGUAAUCCAGGGACCACACCGCGCUGCAUCCAAACCCGGCGUUUUGAUCACCACGUGCAAAUUCGCCGACAUCUACGCAGGUCUCGACUUGCUGAACGAGAAGAAAACGAACGUCACCAUAUCAACCGAUGCGUAUUUGUUAGGAGGUUACACAUUCGGCCUCGAGUGCGAGUUCUCGAAGGACGAGGACGAGAUCAACGUGGUCUUUGCUCUUUUUUUGCGCGACGGCGAAUGGGACAGCUACGUGCAGUGGCCCUUCAAAAAGAAGGUCACCUUGAUCGUCAUGCACCCCAAGGAUGCAGAUGAGGACGUCCGUUUGCCGUUAAAAAUCGACGGCAAAAGUGUGGUGAAGAAACCCCGUGGCGGUGCUUGGAACUGGGGUAACAGCACGAUCACGAUGGACUGGAAUUACAUUGAACUGCAUGGGUAUGUCGACAGAGACGCCCUCUAUGUCAACACCCCGGAUGAGAGAAGCCCAAACGCGCCCAUUCGCCUGAGCGUCUUGGAAGGGGAACCGACGUCACUUCCGUGCCCCAUCGCCACGGUGAUCCGCGAACCAAUGGCAGCCGUCUGGUUCCACGUCGCCACCCAUGCCUACCAAGAAUAUGGCGGCUCGCCUUACUACACCAACGGCCACCUGCAGGCGAAGAGGGUGUACGCGAUCGAAGGGCCAGAUUGGUCGUCCCCGACGGCGGCGGCGGGGGUAACUACAGGCCUGGUGGACGGAACACACUGGAAGCAGCCAUCUUGGUCGGGAAGGGCGUUCUUCUCGUUGCUAAGCGACCCUCCCGCUUUGCGGCUCAACCGCUUAGAGCGCUCCGAUAGCGGAAGCUACGUGUGCAAUGUCACUUAUCGUGACAACGUCACUUCCGCCGCCAUAGUGGAGACGGAAUCUCGCGUGGACCUCUUCGUAGCAGGAGCGAAGCAGGUCAUCAAUAACUCUGGAAAGAAAAUAGCGUCCACGAUCUGUGAGGAGUUGGCGUGGGGCACCAUGAUGAAGGAUGACGUCGUGCAGGAGGAAAUCGGCGAUAUCCGUGGCACAGCUGGUCGGGACGGGGAAGUUCUGCACGGCUCGAACUUUAUCAGGAUCAGGGCGUACGCCAGAGGAGUCGACAAGAUGGCCCAACAUGGUUAG